CGAUGUUGUCUAUACGUAGCCCUGGCACUGAUCAGCUGUUGUUUAGCAUUUCAUAAGAUCGAUUCCAAUUCUAAGGCAUAUUCUAUUAAUGGCGGCACAUUUGCUAAGGAAUAGCGCCAAAUCUUGGCUGCUAAACAGCUGCAGGCAAUCCCUUAUCAGGCAACAACAGCUCAAGCGUUGGCUCCAUUUGACGCCCUGUCUGGACAAGAAUGUCUCCUUCAAUCUUAGUGACAUUGGUGAGGGCAUCCGCGAGGUAACUGUCAAGGAAUGGUUUGUCAAGGUUGGCGAUACAGUGGAACAAUUCGACAAUUUGUGCGAAGUUCAAUCGGACAAGGCUUCGGUGACGAUCACCAGUCGUUAUGAUGGUACGAUAACUAAGAUCCAUCAUAAAAUUGAUGAGAUUGCUUUGGUGGGCAAACCCCUAGUGGAUUUUGAUGUCAAAGACGAUGAGGAUGGUGACGAUUCGUCAUCGGAUGGUAGCUCCAGUUCUGGCUCCUCCUCAUCAUCAUCAUCAUCUACAUCGUCUGGCGAUGUAGAGGAAUCUACUGCUCCUGUUUCUGAGGGUCGUGUUAUUAUACCAGCCACUCCCUCUGUACGGCGUCUGGCCAAAGAACACAAACUGGAUUUAUCUCAAGUGCCAGCGACCGGUAAAAAUGGACGUGUUCUGAAAGGUGACAUUUUGGAAUAUUUGGGUGAAGUUCCAAAGGGUACAAAUGUUCCACAUCCCACCAUUUCCAAUAAAACGGAAAAAUCUGUUGCUUCACCCGUUUCUGCGCCACCUGCCGAUCGUGUUGAAGCGCUUAAAGGUGUGCGCAAGGCUAUGUUGAAAUCCAUGUCCGAAUCAUUGAAAAUUCCUCAUUUUGCCUAUAGCGACGAGAUCGACAUGACAAAUUUGGUGCAAUUCCGUAACCAACUGCAGGCAGCAGCCAAAGAGAAUGGUGUACCCAAACUUACGUUUAUGCCAUUUUGCAUAAAGGCAGCAAGCAUUGCCUUGUCCAAAUUUCCCAUUGUCAAUAGCUCCCUGGAUUUGGGCAAUGAAUCGAUCAUCUACAAGGGUGCUCACAAUAUAAGCGUGGCUAUUGAUACACCGCAGGGUCUUGUGGUGCCCAACAUAAAGAAUUGCCAAGCCAAGAGCGUUAUUGAGAUAGCCAGGGACUUGAACACACUUGUGGAACGUGGACGAACUGGCAGUUUAACGCCCAAAGAUUUUGCCGAUGGCACUUUCUCCUUAUCGAACAUUGGCGUUGUCGGCGGAACCUAUACCCAUCCAUGCAUUAUGGCACCUCAGGUGGCAAUUGGAGCCAUGGGCAGAACAAAAGCGGUACCACGAUUCAAUGACAAGGAUGAGAUUGUUAAGGCUCAUAUCAUGAGUGUUAGCUGGUCGGCCGAUCAUCGUGUCAUCGAUGGUGUUACCAUGGCUAGCUUCUCAAACGUAUGGAAGCAACAUCUCGAGCAGCCUGCAUUAUUUUUGUUGCAAUAGGCUUUGAGAUGAGAUAAUCAACCAUAAUACGAUCAGCAAAGAUCAGACCAUAACGGAACGGAAAAGGCUGUUUUUCAGUUGCAUUUAUUUACCAAGGAAAAUAGAAAACAAGAAGCUAAAUAUUUCGAAAAUUGCAACCAUGCGUGGUCUCAAUUCUACCAGAUUGUGCAUUUAUAGGAGAUAGUCCCUUUGAGGGGCUGCUCGAUAGCUUUAAGCUCACUUUUAUCUCUUCUUAUUUUAGGACUCGCAUGGUUGCAAACGCUUUACUAAUUGCAUUUCAAUUGUUAGUUGCCUAAGCUCAGAUGCUUUUAUCUUACAGUCCAACUGUACUAUAUAUAUAUAUAUAUAUAUAUAUAUAUAUACAUAUAUCUAUAUACAUACAUAUGUGUGUGAGUGUCUUUUUUAAAGAACUAAAUGUUUGUGUCUUGAAAUUUUUUUGUUUUGUUUUAUAUAUUUUUUUAAAUAAAUAUCCCAUUAAUGGUUA